AUGUUUAAAUGUUUAUCAUUAGAAGGGAAUGAAGUAUUAGAAUCAAAUGUAAAUGAGACGAUAUCAGAUUUAAUACCAUCAGAAGAUGCUUUAGUAUUAAUACUUGAUUUAUCACCAGGUCGUUGGUAUUUAGGAGUUGCUCCAAAACCAGAAGAACCUGAAAAACGAAUUUAUCUACAUAAUUUCUUCACAGUACUAGCAAACUUUCUAAAAUUCUAUGGUUACAUGUCUGUUAGAAAUAAAUCUCUCAUUAUUGUAGCCAAUAAUCAUUCAUCGUAUCAUUUUACACAUAUACUCCUAUUUACUCCUAUAUACUCCUAUUUACUCAAUAGUUUGUUGUUUAGUUUUAAGAUAUUGUAUGAAGGUAUAGUAUAUAAUGAUUGGACUGAUUCUUGUUUUGGAGGUGAUAAUUCCAACUCUGUUGAUACAAAUUUAAAACUCAUGUGGAAUAAAAUCAUUGAUUUCAUUAAUGAAGGAUUAUCUUAUCCUGAUUCUGAUACUCAAUUAACAUCAGCCAUUUCAAUGGGUUUUCUAUGUAUCAAUUAUUCAGUUUAUAUUAAUUUUAGUUUUAUUAACUUGAAUAGAAUUAAAUGUACAAAUGAAGGAUUUGGGAGGAAAAUAAUCAUAUUUGAUAUUUCAAAUUCUGAAAAUUAUAAAUCACAGUAUAUUGGACUGAUGAAUAUCGCAUAUUCUGCUCUAUCACAGAAUAUUACCAUUAACACUUUCGCAUUAGGACAGCCAUCUAGAAUUUUAGAACAGCUAAGUGCAAUAACAAAUGCUAAAUAUCUACUCGUUUCAAAACUUCUCAACUUUGAUUUAAAUUUUAAUCAUAUUAAUCAAUAUCUAACACAACUCAUUACUGUAUUAAUCUUAUUCAUUAUCUUAUUUUGGUAUUUACCAUCAGAAGGAAUGAGUGAAAUGUUAUCAACAAAUUUAUCAUUUGAUUUUGGAAAUGUUGGAAUAUGUUAUUGUCAUUAUAAAAGUGUAGAUGUAACAUAUUUGUGUCCAUGUUGUUUUGCAGGUAAUUUUUAUUCAUUAAUAAGAUUCAUAGUCUAUUGUUCGGAAAUUGAUGAUAAAGGUAAAUAUAGAAUAAUUUGUAUGGUUUGUGGAUCAAGACUUACUAGAAAACUUAUUAAACAGAAACUCUCAUCAGAAGCCGAUUUCUCCAAAAUUUAA